AUGAUGUGGGAAAAUAUAAAAAUAAUGAUUUUGGAUUAUUUUCCAAAAUAUAAAUUAAAAAAUACUAGUGAUAUACCUAUUAUGCCAGAUGAAAGAAUACCAAUUAUACCAUCAUUUUUUUUAUCAUUUCAACAUAUUUUAGCAAUGUUUGGAGGUAAUAUUUUAUGCCCAUUAUUGAUGGGAUUUAGUACAAAUUCAGCAUUAUUUUUCUCUGGUGUUGGUACAUUGAUAUUCUAUGUAUGCACUGGAGGUAAGGUACCGUCAUAUUUAGGAUCAUCUUUUGCAUUCAUUGGAGUUGUUAAUUCAGCCACUGGAUAUAUUUAUUCACCUGGUACAACGAAUCCAAACAUUUCUCCAGCAGCAGGUGGUAUUGUAGUUUGUGGAUUUAUUUAUUUAGCCAUUGGAUUGCUUGUAAUGGUUGCAGGUCAUGCAUGGAUUGAAUUUUUAACACCACCCGUUGUAACUGGAUCCGUUAUCGUUUCCAUUGGUCUCCAUUUAGCAAAUUCAGCAGUUGGUCAAGCUGCAACCACAGGAUUUGAUGCAUGGAUGGCUGCAUUAACCAUACUUUUGGUAGUGAUGAUUACAUGUUAUGCACCUGGCCCUUUGAAAAGAUUACCCAUUUUAAUUGGUGGGGUUGUAUCAUAUGUAGUUUAUUUAUUAUGUGGAUUGGGAGGUGUUGGACCAGGUAUUGAUUUUAGUGUAGUAAGUGAUGCAAAAUGGAUUGGUUUACCACAAACUCAUUUACCAUCAUUCGAUUCAACUUACAUUUCAAUGAUUGCACCUGUUGCCGUAAUUUUAGCUGCAGAGAAUAUUGGUCACUUAAAAGCGGUUUCAUCAAUGACUGAAUAUAGUAUGGAUAAUUUAUUGGGUAGAACUUUUAUAGGUGAUGCAUUGGCAUGUAUUUUAGCCGGAUUCUUUGGUAGUUCUGGUACAACAACCUACGCUGAAAACAUUGGUGUAAUGAGUAUAACAAAGAUUUUCUCAACCCUUUCAUUCGUAUUUGCUGCAUGUAUCGCAAUUGUGUUGGGAUGUUUACCAAUUUUCGGCGCAAUCGUUCAAACUAUACCUCCAGGUAUUUUCGGUGGUUUAUCAAUUGUUUUAUUUGGUAUCACUGCUAUAACUGGUGCAAAACUUUGGAUUAAUUCUCAAGUUGAUUUUUCAAAACCAAGAAAUCUUUUAACUGCCGGUAUUUCAAUUGUUUUAGGUACUGGUAUGAUUAGUGUAAAUGUUGAAUGGGGUAAAAUUAAAAUUGAUGCAAUUGGUGUUUCCACUUUUGUCUCUAUCAUUUUAUAUCAAUUACUUCGUGAAAAUUGGGGUACAAUCUUUAGAAACAUCUUAGCAAAAAUCACUGGUAGAAGUUUUAAACAAUCUGAUGAUUGUGAAGAAACUAUUGAAAAUCCUCAAUAUUCAAAUUUAUUAAAACCAUUAAUUGAAAAUCAAGGUAUAAAUUCUUCAGAUUAUAAUGAAUUUAAUAAUGAAGAUAAUGAAAAUAAUAAUUAUGAACCAUUUAAAGAUAAUGAUGAAGAAAUAAUUCAAAAUUAA